AUGGCCACCGGAAUUUACAUGCACGAUGACGUGGUGUCGCCUCAGUACACCUGUCCAGACACCAACUGGACCCUCGUCCCUGACUCAGAUGGACCCAUGUGUCUCCAGCUGGUGGACAUUAAUGAGUGGUUUGGCAAUGCUGCUCUCUCCUGCUCAAACAUGAGCGCGCGACUGCUAACUAUCCAACAGAAAACGCCAGAAGCUAUCGAGAAUUUCAUACCGUUUCGAUACUCCAGAGAACCAUGGAUUGGUCUCAGGCAAAUAUCUUAUUAUGGCCAAUUUUACUGGCAAGGGAUGCAACCAUUCACACUCAACUACACAAACGGUGAUUACUACUACGAUUGGCAGUACCGCUGCUGUGACCUUUUCUGUGUCUACAUGAAUUAUCCGUACAGGAGAUGGGCGCCAACAAAUUGUUGGGAGAGCAGACCCUACAUCUGCGAGAGAGUUGGAGGUAGAGAUUAA